AUAUGAUUUUUUUUUUCUUUUUUUUCUGUCAACUGCCUCUAUAAGUUAAGCCAUCAAAGGGCUUGAUGAUCUCCACCAAGUACACUUCACCAAAAGAAAAGUCAUUGAAAACCCCCCAAAAAAAAGGUGAAAAAGAAGAAGGUCAAACAAAAAAAAAUGUCAGAAGAAGAAGUGGUGGUGUUGAACUUCUGGCCAAGCAUGUUCGGAGCAAGAGUGAUCAUGGCGUUAGAGGAGAAAAAGAUCAAGUUCGAGUAUAAGGAAGAAGAUGUGUUUGGUCAGAAGACUGAUCUAUUGCUCCAAAGCAACCCCGUUCACAAGAAAAUCCCGGUUCUCAUCCACAACGGUAAACCUGUAUGCGAGUCCAAUAUCAUAGUCGAAUAUAUCGAUGAGGUCUGGAAAGACGAUAAGACUCUCCGUCUACUACCUUCUGAUCCAUAUCAGAACUCACAGUGUAGAUUUUGGGCUGAUUUGAUUGACAAAAAGGUUUUUGACGCUGGAAGAAGAACAUGGACAAAGAGGGGCAAAGAACAAGAAGAAGCGAAACAAGAGUUCAUAGAGAUCUUAAAAGUGUUAGAAAGAGAGCUUGGAGAUAAGGUCUACUUCGGAGGAAACGACAACGUUUCGAUGGUGGACUUGGUCCUCAUCUCCUACUACCCUUGGUUCCACACGUGGGAGACGAUUGGUGGUUUUAGUGUCGAGGAUCACACUCCCAAGCUAAUGGACUGGAUCCGUAAAUGCUUAACCCGACCCGCUAUCUCGAAAUCUUUACCUGACCCGCUAAAGAUUUUUGAUCGAGUCACUCAGAUCAUAAAGGUCCAUGAGUUCUUCUAUGGUUAUUGAUUCUCCAAAUCGUACGCUAUAUUUAUGUGAAGUGGUUGGCGUGAAAAGUUAUGUUUCAUUUGAUAUUUUAAUUGAAAAUAAAAUGUGUUUGCAUGUUGUUCUUAAUACAACUUCCCGACCAGACAUUAUAACUAUUUAACUUUAAGUUAUUUUUAUAA